UUUGUACUCUCCGUUGCUAGUCCUUAGAGAGCAGCAAUUUCAGGAAGAUGCAGCGAAGCAUCAAGUUACAGCUUCUUCAGGUUUAGUUGCCAAGAAUAAUUUUAGGGGCACAAUAGGUUUGACUGAUGCUUGAGCAGCUAGAUGGAGCACUUGCUAAUUACACAUGAAAAAGCUCUUUGUCAUUCAUUUUAUUUACUUCAACUCAAUCUUGUUACUUCUUUUCCAUAAUCACCUAAUAUUUGUAAUGCUACGUUCACAGUAUUGUUAUGUUUUAAUUUCUAUACUCUUUUUGUCCCUACUUCCAUUACAAAUUGCUUGAUACAGAAACUAAAUUUAUACAUUCUUUUUCAGCACAAUAAUGGCAUUAGAACUGCCUUCCAUCUUAAAAACCAACCAAGCUAACAACUGUAUAGCAUAUUCCUGUAAUGGAACAGGUAAAUCAAAGCUUUAUUAAUUCAUCUUAACAAUUUUAUUUCACAUAACAGUGGUAAAAGCCAAAGUACAGAGCACUCCUGCUUACUAUUGGUAUAAAUAGAAAGAUUCCAGCUUAGCCUUCUGUUUUAAUUAUUGAACAGCUCUCAAAAUUAAAUCACUGACCUUUGAGAAUUUAGUGACCAAACAAGUGCUUGUCCUCAAGGCACAUGUUUGGAGCUUGCAUUCCUUUACAGGAAGCUUUUAUACUCUGAUGAAAGAUGUCCAGGAUCAUUGCAAGAACAAAGUGAAUGAGCCAAAAUCAUACAACCUAUCUAAAGAAUGAAAAGCUGGAUUAUACUGCUGGCUAUUGUAGUCAGCACAGAAGAAGCACAAAAGCAGGACAUCUGUACCCAAGGGUAUCCUGGCAUCCCUGGCAAUCCUGGACACAACGGCGUACCGGGUCGUGACGGACGCGAUGGCCUGAAAGGCGACAAGGGGGAUACAGGUGAAGCAGGACUUCCUGGCACUCCAGGGAAAGAUGGCACAAAUGGAGAAAAAGGCCAAAAAGGAGCCAAUGGGACUGUUGAAGAGAAGGGGAACAAAGGAGAUAAAGGAGAAAGAGGACGACCUGGGAAGCUAGGACCAAAAGGAAUUAUAGGGUCAGUGGGUUAUAAGGGCCAGAAGGGAGAACUGGGUCUGCAAGGACAAAAGGGGUUAAAAGGAGACCUUGGGCCUAUAGGUCCAAAAGGGACAAAAGGUGAAACUGGCCAGCCUGGAAGAAUUGGUUUGCAGGGGCCAAUUGGCCCCAUUGGUAAUCCAGGUCCUAAAGGUAACACUGGAGAUCUGGGGCCACCAGGUAAUCCGGGAGUUCAGGGGGAAAGAGGCUUGAAAGGAGACAGAGGAGAUAAGGGGAACAUAGGUGCCCCAGCAGUCCUGCCAAGGAGUGCUUUCAGUGUAGGCCUUACGGUUGCCACCAAGUUUCCUCCCCACAGUCAGCCGAUCAGGUUUGACAAGGUGCUGUACAACAACCUCAAUGACUACAACCCAGUCACUGGCAAAUUCACCUGCAAAUUCUCUGGUGUUUACUAUUUCACCUACCAUAUCACCGUCUACUCGAGGAAUGUCAGAGUAGCUCUAGUUAAAAAUGGGGUUAAGAUGUUGCACACUGUGGACGGGUACCAGGGUGUUGAGGACCAGGCGUCGGGAGCUGCCAUCCUUGAACUACAGAGAGGAGACGAGGUGUGGCUUCAGGCUCACCGAGGAGAGACCUUCAACGGGCUGUUUGCAGACUCUGAUGAUGAUACCACCUUCACUGGGUUUCUACUGUUCAGCACCUCGGACAUGCUGGACCCACUGCCAUCGCCUGCAGCGUAAAUCCAUGCUCUGUUAGUCUAUGACUCUGGCGAAUUGUUUGAUUCCUACUGAUCCAAGUUUCAGAGUGUUGUAAGCAGUGGAGGUGCUUUAUGAAAGUCGGUGCUGGUUUACUUGCUUAGUAUUCUUCUUCAGUAGGAACUACUACUAGUAGUAGUUCCAGUCCUGCCUUUUGAGCAUUUUUUGAAAGGAAAUAAAACCUGUCCAUGAAUGAUG